GGGGGAGAUAACUGCAACAAAACUACGACGAGUGGAACUUGUUUUUCAGGAGUGAGUGAGAGAGAGAGAGGCCGACUGCGUGAGUGAUUGUUUAAAUUGCUACAUUCCUGACAGCAAUUAUAUAGUUUGGCGGUUCAACUCUUUAACCGCUUAACUUAAUUCUUAGUCACCCUGCCAAGGAAAGCAAGCCAUCAUCCUUUCCACUCAUUCUCUCUUGUGGAUGGGUGUCUUCCGUUACCAAGAGGAUAUAUUUUAGUGCAUUUGGGGUUCUUUUGCGAAGAAUAUUUCUACAUCUGUUUAAAUCAAGACUAAAUUACAUCCUGUCUCUAAAAGGAUAACUAUUUUUGGAGAUUGCAGUGACGAUGUUUUCAGCAUCGCCACCCGAAGAAAGCACCAUGCGUCGUUCACCCCAUAAUUACUUGGAUUGUGAACGUUCUGCUGAACAUAUUGAACUCACAGAGCAACUUUGUAAAACCCUCUAUUAUGGUAAUGGGGCUUCAACAGAUUACCCUUCAUUACCCCUCACAGAAAUUGCUGUCAAAUUUUUCCAAGAUGCUGCUCCACGUUCUCUUGGGAAAGUGGAUAUGUUUCUGGCUUCUUCAAUGACAAAACGUGCUCCUAUGCCACCAUGUUCUGUGAUGCUUGGUAUGCUUUAUGUGAAACGACUCAAAGAGAGAAACCCUGAAUAUUUGAUGCAAAUUUCCUCCGCUGAACUAUUUUUGAUUUCGAUGAUGAUGGCUUCCAAAUACUUGUAUGAUGAAGGACUUAAUGAAGAAGUUUUUAAUGAAGAAUGGGCAGUUAUUGGCAUGAUGGAAACUGCUGAAAUGAACCAACUGGAACAACAUUUUCUAGCUGCUAUUGAUUGGAGACUAAUGGUAAAGCAAAAAGAGUUCAAUUUACUAUUGAAUUCAGUUGAGAAAAAGAUUGCCUUUCAUGAGGGCUUAAGGCGUGGCUGGUUGUCUUAUACUGACAUCUGGACCCUGGCACAAGGAGCUUGUUACAGUGACUUGUGUAAACGCACUGGUCAAGAACUUUUGGAGAUCUUUGCUGCAAGUUCUGUGGCUUAUGUUGCUGGUGUGUUGACUCUUCUGGCAUCUUCCCUGUUAACAAUGUCAUUGACAACUAGGUUGACUGCUUUGAUUAGCCAUCCUGCAACUUCCUCUUUGCUUCCUAAUCAUCACCCGUUGCUGCCUGAAUAUUGCUCUACUAAUCCAUAUGAGAUAGAUGAGGUAAUAUUUGAUCCAACACUUAACAUGGAGAGUCUGUAUGGCAUUGAAGAUUCUUUAGUUUGGAAAUCUUUGAUUUCCUAUGAUAUCUUUCUGAAACAGAUAUCACCUAAAUGCAAGGCAGAAAAUGUUUGUCAGUUAAUCAGUGCCAGUGACCAGAGCAAUUGUAUUAGUGCAGCUACAUCCCCCCAGGUAUCUUUGAAUCAAGAAAAUGAAUCUGAAAUUUGGACUCUGCAUAAACUGUUGGAAAUGACUCAGGCUAGUGCUGUUAUGAAUAACAACCAGCAAAAGAAGAGUGGUGAGUCACAGGAUAGAAUAUUGCUUGAAGAUAACAUUCCUUCUGAACAACCACAAGAAACGACUGCUGAUGAUGGUCAUUUGUCAAGAUUAGUGCCACAUGUGUUUAUUAGUACUGCAUUACUGAAUCUUGCUGCUUUGUUUUCACUGAAAUCACCAACGCCACAUGAAUUUGACAAGGAAGUCGGUCACUGCAAACACUGUCGAAGCCAUCACCAUUCAGUAUCUUCUCCAAAAGUUAAUGCAUCCUUUCCACGAUGCCAAAAAGAAGCUGCUCAAUCGAUGAAAUGCUCUUGGUCUCAAAUUCGAAGCUGCUUAAGAUCUCGAAAGUCACCUGAAAACGAAAGUCCUUUAAACUCUGAUUCUGAAAAUUCUUCCUUACCCACUGCUUUUGCUUCACUACCAACUUCUUGUCCCUUGACAGUUUUACCACCUCCGUUACCAAAUUACCAACUGAAUGACCCUGUCUUAAACAUCCCAAAUUCUUCUCAAUCUUUUGCAAGGUUAACACGCUAUGAAAGUUUCUCCAAUUGUUCUGAUACUGAUGGAGGGACACACAAUCGAAAUCAUGUCUAUGAAAAACAGAAGGAAAACUCUUUGGCUUUCAAGGUUCCAAACUUCUCUCGUUCCUCUAUCCGGUCAUGUUCCAACCUGGUGUCCUCAUCCCAUCUACGUCCACCUGGGAUCACUAAUUUAAUUAUUCAUUCCUGCUAGAUUAAGAUAAGAUAACUCUUGUGUCACCUUUAGCUAAACCCGACUAUUAUUGGCUUUUUUGUAAUUUUCUAAUUAAUUUAUAAAACUCCUCCCUAUAUGUUACCCUGUUGAUCCUUCCCAGAAUUAUAAAUCUUCAGAUUGUCUAAGUGCCUUCUGAGAUUUUGAAUCCCAUACAAAAAGCAGAAAGGGAAAAAUAGCAUUACACUUGCUAUCUUUUUUUUAAGUGUGUUAAUGUUUUUCCUUGAUUUAAGAAUAUAGUAAUUAUAAGCAGAAAUAGAGAUAAGGGUGAGUUAGAUGCAUUUUUGUUAAACCUUCCCCUUUUCAAUAUUCAAUAUUAUGUUUGUAAUUUUUGUCAUUUUAUUGGUUUGGUUUUAAAAAAAUGGAGAAUAUUUAAGUUCUGUUUAUAUAUUUUAUUUAGCUUUUUGAAAUUUAUAACUGAACUUUUGGGUUUGCUUUUUAUUUUUUAGAAAUCUGAUGACUUCAUAAAAUAUGAUUUAUGACAGUUCUAUGUGUUAGAUAUGACCUUUAGUUGAUAGUGACAAAUACACAUACACUAAAACACAUACAUGCAUAUAAAAAUAUAUUUAUAUAUAUUCAGUUGCUUCUACAUCACUAUAAUGUAGGCACUUGCAUAGGAACUCUGUGAGGUUGAUCAACCUCAUAGAAAAUGCUGUGGUGUCUUAAAUUUCCCACUUAUGUCCUAAAAAUGUCAGAAUGUGCAGUAUCAUAUUCAACUAGAUGUGGAUAUAGCAUAUACAACGCUAUAGUCCUGUGUGCCACAUCCAAAUAGUCAGCUGACUACAUGUCAGAAGUCUGCUCAAAGCUGGCCUGCAGUCUAGUGAUUCUGGAUUGAUAUUUUAAUUUUAUAUUCUACUUAUUCUAUAUUAUUCUGAGUUAUUUGAAAUUAUUCUAAAUUUACAAUAAUUCAUAGAUUGUAAAACUUGUGCUCAGUGUUGAUUAUCACAUUUUGUUAUUCUGGUUAGUGUUUAACCAAAGACAUUUUCUUCAUGACCUUCCUUUUGUUUUAAUGAUAUCUAAGAUCCUUACUAUCUUUUAAGAUUCAAACUAUCCAACCCAUUCCAGCAUGAAUAAUGGGUGUUAAAUGAUGAUGAUACAUAUAUGUUUGUAUAUAUGUACAGAUACUAGCUACGACUGGUGUAGUGUAUCUGUUAGCUAUCUUUAUAUAUUUGUAAUAUGUACAACUCUGAUGUAUAUUUGUGAGAGCUAGAGGUAGCUUAAAUGGUGUGUAUGUAUAUAUUGGCAGAUUGUUAGAGCACUCGAGGGAAAACCUUAUGGUAUCUGUUCCAGCCCUCUACUUUCUGACAUCAAAGCCUAUGAUGUUGUUACUAGCCGGCUGUAUCAACCUUGCCUUUUCUUUGGACAUUAUCUGUGAUGUAGAGAAGGAAGACCAGUAGUUGAGUUGGCUAUAUAUAUAUAUAUAUAUAUAUAUAUAUAUAUAUAUAUAUAUAUAUAUAUAUAUAUAUAUAUAUAUAUAUAUAUAAAAAGGGUAUAUACAUGUAUAUGUGAGGGUUUAUACAUGCAUAUGUGAGGACACAUACAUUUUUGUAUGUGUUCGUAAGUAUGUACUUCUAUAAAUCUAUCUCUAUUUUUGUAUGUGUGUGUAUAUGCAUAUACAUGCUCAUAAACAUAUAUACUUUGUGUGUGUGUGCAUGUAGAUACAAAGUAAAUAGAUCUCCGAUGGUUUCAAUGGUGCGUAUGAUAGUGGAAGUGGCUGAGAAUUCCAUAGACGCUUGUAUCAUUAAUGUAAUCCUUAGUUAAUCCUUACUUCUUGGCACAGCCAGCAUGAUGCAGUGUGUGACAGAAUGAAACUUUUGAAUUGCAUGUACUGUCCAUUUCUGUGUUUCCAAUUUCCAGAUCAGGCCUGGGUUGAUUUGAGUUUACGAUAAAAGGCACUUGUUUAAGAUGCCACACAGUGAAAUUGAACCUGCAAAGUUUAUGAUGACUUGGCAAACUUAACCAUUUGGUCAUGGCCAUGUCCAUGUUUACACACAUGAAUAUCAUGCUUGCUAGAUCCAGCUGUCAUCACACACACACACACACACACACACACACACACACACACACACACAUGCAUGCAUGCAAGUGCGCCAUGUGUACAAAGAGCUGAAGCAUAAAUUAUGCUCUAUUGAAUAUGUUCGUUAGGAAAUUUUCAUAUUACCUCAGUUUUUAUCAGGAAGUUAAUUCAGUCCCCUUCAUAGACUGAUUUCAUGGGAGUCACAUUGUACCAUGUUAUACCAUUUGUUCUAAUACUAUGGAUUAACUGAAUCUGCUGGUUAAAAUUAUAAUCGAUGGUUACAUGCUGUAGUUAAAACUUAAUAGGGUUUUUUAUUCUUGGGAUAUGCUUGCAAACUGCAAAUAGCUUGAUAGUCAAUUCCAUGGCCUUUCAUGAUCAGUAGGUAUCUGUUUUAGCCUAAGUUGGUGAUAAUUUGUGAUACUUGUACCUUUGUCAAAGGCAUUAACAUAAGAAAGUGAAAUAACUACAACUAAAUAUCAAAUCUGGUGCUUUUGUUUGGCGGGAGGUUAUUGCUUAUGUUAUAGCAGUUGCCUAUAGUUAACAAAUCCACGUGAUUUAUUGGAAUUCUUAUUAACUAGAGCAGUUUUGUGUUGUGAUGUUUCUACACACUAUUUAUCCACUUAUAAAUGGUAACUUUUAAACUGUUCCAUUUAUUACUUUUGAUUAUAUCAGCUGGCAUCUUAGCUCAUAUGUAGACUGGUAACUCUAAUAGGAAAUAGUUGUAUGUUUUUCAAGUUGAAAUUCUAGUUUUUCUCCCAUUGAAUAAUGAUGCUGUUACAGAAAAUUGCUAGUUUCUUUGGCCUCUGCUACUGUGUUGUAGAACUAUGACAAUUGUUUACCAUGUUAAUUAUGCUGUUUAACGAGGAUGUCUGAAGCUAUUAAGACACAAAUACACACAAAACCUUUUAAGUUUGAUUGUUCUGUAAGAAUUCAGCAAAAUAUAUGCACAGAAGGGUUAUACACUUUCAGAUACUGGUCAUUUGACAUGGGGAUUUUAUAAUGAUAAUUAUAAUUGUAAUGAACUUAUUGUAUAUAGUGCUUAGGUGCACUGCAACUUAGAAAAAACUCAAAACUGCAUGAACAGUACAUAGAAUAUACACAGGAAAUGCUUGCUAGAUCGGCUGUCAUUGCACACACACACACACACACACAAGAAGAAAUGGGAGUGAGGUGGGGUGCAUCAAGUGCACUUUUGGUAAAUUUCAGGAAGCAUGGAAGUUUUAAAGGACGAAGUGCAUCAAUUGUAACAACUGAUGCAGUCGAGACACUACACCCUUCAAAACUACAGCAGUAUAGCACUGUUAAUACUGAUGGAAACACAUUUAUACUGUAACUUCCCAUUUACCAUGCUUCAGACUUUGAAUUUGUGUAAAGAAGAAUUGUACAGAGGUUUUACCAUUAAUUUUCUUCAUAUUAUUUAAAAUAGGUACAUUUUAAAAAAAUUAGUUUUAUCGAUAAUCUUUACCUAAAAUGUGAACUGAUCUGAUCUCAUAUUUUAUCAAGUUGUCAGAUUAAUAAUGCUUGAUAUAUUACCACACUCUUGCUCUUCAUCUGGAGUAAGCAAGGUAGCAUUUUCCAUCUCUUUAAUAACAAGUUUCUGAAGUCCAUUCUUACCUUGUGAAAACCAAAAGUUCAUCCAAACAUAUGUUAUGGUUUAUCAUUUAUUCUAUUAAUUUUUAAGCCUAUAUUUUGUUAUACCCUUCUCUCCACAAGCUUUGUUUUAAUGUAAAUUUAGCAAAAGGAAAUACAUACAUGAGUAAAAAAUGACAUUUUUGUGUUAACUUGAAAUAUAACCUAACAUUUGAAUGUAUCCUAGAAACCUGUAUUAUCUGAUAGAAGUGACUGGAAGCAAAUAAUAAAGGAACAAGAAAAUUCUUCUUGGAUGCUAUGAUUUAC